AUGGGAGCCUUCGAUUUAGGUUCGGGCAUCCUCGAUGGAUUUGUCCGCUAUCGCAGCCUUUCCGGUGAUCCUUACUCAAGCCUGGAGGACUUUGCAGAUCGGCUCAGUCAUAUGGUGUCUUCCAUGAUCAUCCUUGUGCUGGCGGGCGUUACCAUGACAAACGUGUACUUCCUCCGACCCAUCUCCUGCACCCUACCUACUGCCCCAGAUGGUCAUUUUACCACCUUUGCCGAGUCUGUGUGUUGGGUACAGGGCACCAUCGGCCUCAAGGUGGACGACUCCCUCCCCAACGACCCCGCGGACUGGGCGAAACUGAAGGAACGAUCUGAUAUAUGUGAGUCCAAUCUCCAAAGCUGUUUCUUCUGA